AUGCGUGCAGAAGACGUCAAGAAGCUUGUGAAUGACCAACUACAGGACUUGAAAGUCGGCGGGAACUUCGAAGAUGCCCUACGCAAGGAGAUGGACCAAGCGAAUUCCACGCCUUUCACUGUCGAAAUUGAGCAGGCGGCUCCCCCGAAGCGGUUCUCAACGCCUUCGUUUACUCACUUCAAAGGGGACUCCGAUCCCGAAAGUCACCUAAAACACUUCAAAAGUGUCAUGAUCCUCCACAAGGCCGACGACGCACUGAUGUGCAAGGUGUUUGUGAUGACCCUACGGGGAGCAGCUCAAGACUGGUUCCACACCCUACCAUCCGGGUUGAUCAACAGCUUUAAGGAGCUGGCAUACGUCUUCGCCAAAGAAUACACGUUUUACCGAACAAUCAAGAAGAACCCCGACCACUUGUUCAACUUACGCAAGAAGUCCGACAAAUCCCUUCGAGACUACAUCAAGAGAUUCAAAGCAGAAAAGGCCAACAUCGUAGGAUGUGACGACCGGAUCGCGUCCUCUGCUUUCAAGAAAGGCCUUCCCGCUGAACACAACUUAUACCGCGAGCUGACUAUCGCUCCCAGCCAGAUUCUGGCAGAGGUCUUCGCAACUGCGGAACGCUAUGUGCUCUGGGAUGACGAUCGAAUCGCCGCAAAGAAGUCUACUAAGCAGGAAGAUCAACCAACCAAGCGGGCAGGCCAAAAGAACGACGGGUUCGGCAAUAGGAACAAAGACAAGCGCAGGUCUCACCCAAAAGAGGACGCUACGGCAGGAGAGAGUCACACCAAGUUCUCCAUCCCCAUACACCAAAUCUUAUCCCAAGUGAAGGACAAACCUUGGCAAGCCAUCCAACGGAUAGAGGAUCGCGACACCACCCAAGAGCCACCUCAGAAGGUCAUAAGGAUUAACACAAUCCUCGCCGACUCCGAGGAGUCUGGGCUGACCAACAAAGAAAAGAAGAGGAAGAUCAAACAGGCCAUUGUGGUCUCCCAAGUCUUGACCGACCUUCCACAGGCGAAAGACGACCCUGUGAUCGGCUUCUAG